AAUCGUGGCUGCCAUUGGUGAAUAAAUAGGAAUUUUCUAGAAAAAUAUAGAUUUUUCCGCUAUAUUUUAGUGCCACGUGAAGCCGAGUUCGCCUGACGUAACCCAUAAUUACCACAAUGAUCUAUCCUGUCACGCGGCGGGCCCUGUCCGGAGUUAGGCUGGUCACUGGUUGCAUUAAUUGUAAUGUUGUGCGGGCUGCGAGCGCGGCUGUUUCUCGGCGACACUAUUGCAUGUCGUCCCGUGGUGGCAGUCGCUUCGGCAGCAGGUGGGGCGGGGGCGGUGGAGGGGGUGGUGGAGGGGGAGGGGGCGGCAGGAGAGGAGACGACUUCGGACAGGACCUGGCGGCCCAGACGUGGAACAUCAGCUCGCUGCGUCCCUUCCUCAAGGACUUCUACGUGCCCCACAGGAACGUGCUCAAGAGACAUCCGCACGAUGUAGAAGACUACAGAGCUGAACGGCAGAUCACGGUCAAGGGUAAAGACGUGCCCAAUCCCAUCCAGGAGUUUGCUGAAGGCAACUUUCCUGACUACGUCAUGAAGGGAAUACAAGCUGCAGGGUUCGACACUCCCACGCCGAUCCAGGCUCAGGGCUGGCCCAUUGCUCUGAGCGGCCAGAACAUGGUCGGCAUCGCACAGACGGGCUCUGGGAAGACCUUGGCUUACAUCCUGCCGGCCAUCGUGCACAUCAACCACCAGGAGCACCUCUCGUCGGGCGACGGGCCCAUCGCGCUGGUGCUGGCGCCCACCCGGGAGCUGGCCCAGCAGAUACUCGUGGUGGCCAAGGAGUUCGGGUCCACGUCGCGCGUGCGCAGCACUUGCGUGUUCGGAGGCGCGCCCAAGCACUCGCAGAUGAGGGAUCUCCGGCAAGGGGUGGAGAUAUGCAUCGCCACGCCCGGCCGCCUGAUCGACAUGCUCAAGACCAAGGUGACGAACCUGCGUCGCUGCACCUACCUGGUGCUGGACGAGGCGGACCGCAUGCUGGACAUGGGCUUCGAGCCGCAGAUACGCAAGAUCAUCGGCCAGAUCAGGCCGGACAGGCAGGUGCUGAUGUGGUCCGCCACGUGGCCCAAAGAGGUGCGCAAGAUGGCGGAGGACUUCUUGAAGGAGUACUCGCAGAUCAACGUCGGCUCGCUGGAGCUGUGUGCCAACCACAACAUCGUCCAGAUUGUCGACGUGUGCCAGGAGCACGAGAAGGAAGAGAAGCUGGGUAAACUUAUUCAAGAAAUUUCAUCAGAACGAGAUGCCAAAACCAUUAUAUUUGUGGGAACCAAGAGGAAAGUUGAACUAAUCACGAAGCUGUUAUGCAGAUAUGGCUACCCUGCUGUGUGCAUGCAUGGAGACAAGACACAAAUUGAGAGAGACCGUGUUCUAAACCAGUUCCGGGAGGGAAGAGCGCCGAUCCUGGUGGCGACUGACGUGGCGGCGCGCGGACUGGGUGAGUGCUCGCCGUGCGCGCGUCAAGUUGCGGUGGGGACGAGGGGAGAGUCCCAGACUGUCCGUGCCGAGCCACACUGCCAUAUUUGCUCAUGCCUUCCCGGCCACGCCAGGCUGCAUUUUCUCCAGUUCUUACCGUCUGUAGCGCGCGCCGAGCUAAACUUUAUGGAGGCUACAUUUUCUCCAGUUUACCGUCACAUUGGCUGUUCAGUAGUGCGCGCCGAGCUAAACUAUGAAUGUACAGUGAAGUUUUUUUUUAAUUACUACAUUCCUGAUGCCUUUAAUGGUCUUCGAAUACUGCUAUCUUUGGACUAUCGAACUCUCAGUUUAGGUUAAUUAAUUUCCUGGUUUAAGCAUUUUCAUGUGCAUGUACACUUGACAAACUGUUUUUUGUUUUUUCUACUGCUAUGUUUAGGCAUCGCUCUUCAUGUCCGAUAAUAAAUCCUUUUAUCUGUUUCAUACACCAGCUCUGAAACUACAGGCAGUACAGACCUGCCUCUGGUGCCUUAGCACGGAGGGCUUUAAACUUUGAACCAUCCUUAAACUUAAACUGCCUCCUAACUUCAAGGGGACUUGCUUUGUGAGGGGUGUGAUGCUCGCUGUUGUUUCUAGUUCCGUGUGGCCUCUGAGCCCAAGGCUCUGAGCUAGUGCAGUCUUUGCCUCGAGCAUGGGGCAGCUGUGAGAUUUAAGUGGUAACAAUAACAUUGUGUGGUGAACAAAUUAAGAUAAAGGUGUAUUGCAAGUCCGUUACGUACAUUCCCAGUAAGUUUCAUACCUAAAUACUAAUGGUGCGCGGGUACUUGGUAUGUCGAGUUGAGUUUUAACACUUUGAGGCACACAGAAAUAUAUUAAAAAUAAAUUAGAAUCUAUUGUGUAACUUUUAGCAGACGUGGCAAAAGGAAAUUAAUGCAGCCAAUGUUGCUUGUUCGUGUUAGGAUUGCCAGAUAGCAGCACAAGGCUUACUCACGCGAGGUAUUUCGGCAAUAACACUGAAACAUUGCAAAUAGCAACAUUUUUUCAAAGUGGUAUCAUAGAAAUACCACUACAAAAUAAAGGGUUAAGUAUUGGACGCAAGCCUAAUACCGUAUUUACUUGUGUACAGCGCGCACCACGAUUUUGGAACAAAUUCCAAAGAAGAAGAAAAAAAUUUCCCAUAAAUAAAUUUUAAUAAAAUUUUGUGGUACCUGUUAAGUAAUUACUUAUGAAACAAUGAUUAUUUACAUUGAUGUGUGGUGAUGUGUCAGGAAAAUACUUAAAAUUAAAUACUCUUCCACCUGAAAGCGAAACUUUUGUGGCAUACUGUACCAUCUGAAACGACAAGGGCAAGCUAACUCUGCUGUGUAGACGGAAGAUAAUGAAGCGCUGUAUCGUCACAACUGGUACGAUGGCGGGUGAAGGGAGGGAGGCAGGCAGGAAUGGGACUAAAACCAUCAAGUAACCUUGACAGUUGACAGGACUAAACACCACCUCUCCCAUCACAUCACCGUUGCUAAUCUGGCGCCGAAGACUAGGUGACUCAACCUCGCGCACGUGUGUGUGUGUGUGUGAGUACGAGAGACCAGCGGGCUGAUUACGAACACCAUCGACGACUAGCGUUAUUCUUCACGCGGUAACGAAACACGUAUCGCAUUUGGUGAUUACGACCCACCUUGCGAUAUGCGUUUCGUUAUUUUCCACGGUAACGCUAACCUGCGAUACGAAUCCAUGACGUCAGAGGACAAGCAACAAUUGAACAAUUAAUAUGUUCGUCGAACAGACUAUUUUGUAAGUGAAUCAUGACUACUUAGUGUUACUGGGAACAAAAUAAUCUUUUUCAAUGCACAAUUUCUUAAAUAAAGUCUUUAAAGCUUUUUUGCUGCCUUUUUCGUAGAAGUUUGAAUUAAAAAUGCAGUUAAAGAUUUCGCGUCGUCAUUGUGGCUAACUGCGUCUUGCCAUGUAAACAUAAACAUCGAACGAGAAGCAUGUUUAAACUUCAAUAGAAUGAAAAUGAGGCCACUCUACAGGUUACAAAAUUAAAGGAACAACUAAUUACCACGAACCCGUGUCUGUUUUUAUUUUACCUAUUAUUUAUAUGAUAUGAAGAAUGGAAUUUAAAAAAUAUUUAGUCAAGUUUGGUGUGCUUGUGUAAAAACAUAACCUUAUACUUCAAAGUUAUACAUAUAUGUGGUUAAUGAUAUAUUUAAGUGGUUAUUAGCAUACCUAAUAAAAACAACACUUUUUAACAUAUUUCCAGCGGUGAGCUUUCUAGUUUAUGUAAUCUAAUCAGUUAAAAUUUUAUAAAUAUAUUUUAAUACUCGUGUGCUUUCGUGGAUUUUAUAUACAAGUGUUUUGAAACAAUGUUUCCAAGAUAUUAGUACCAUUCGUAAAUAAAAAUAAUUUUGCUAAUAUUUAUAUCAUAGGUCACUCAAACAUUUUUUACUCCCUUCGUACACUUGGUAAAGUUUAAUUACAGUAAAUUAUUUAAAUUUGUGGUUUUCUUGAUUAGAGUGCACAUACCGCUAUUAAAGAGGACACUGUGUUGAAUACUUGUGUUCUCAGUUAAAAUAAGCCUUAGAGUGGCACUGGUAAAGUUACUGCUGCCCAACAGAAAUCAUGGUGUGGUUUAUUAAGAGCCACAGAGAGUUUGCAGCCAAUUUUUCUUCAAAUAAUGAAUGUGAAGCUUGCAUGUAUCUGUGGAUUUAACUGGCAAAGAGGCUUAACAAACGUUUAGGGACAUUAAAAACCAUUACCAUUGGCAAAAUAUUAGUUUUCUUAUUAUUUUUUUUCUUUAGUGAAUAUAGCGUUACAAUUUUUAUCUAAGCAGCAGCCUUCAAUUACAAUGGAGAAGAUAUGGGCUACUUUUUGUAUUUUCAUUUUUUGAAGUCUGUUUUAAACUCUUCUGUAUGUUAGGUUGCAUAUUAUAAGGAUAAAAUUAGGCCCAUAAUGUUUCAAUUUAAAAAGAUUGACAUUUUAAACAGUUAUUAUGGAACAGUUCUUGAAAAUUUGCAGUGUAAGAACAGUUUUUUUUAUAAUCUGAGGAUAUGAAAGUUCAUUGCUAUGUUUUUUUUUUAAUUGUUGUUUAAUUUAAUCUCACCAAUGACUUAAACAAGUGAAACUAAGUACUGUGUAAUUAGAGUAAGUACUGAGUAAACAACUUUGUUUUCAAGAUGGCAUUCAAGUUGGUUAAUGAUCCAACAUGUAUGUAAAUUAUUAAUAUGCUGCAAUUAUUUUAAAAACUGUCUUGAAAUAUUCAAUAAUUUUAAUUCUCCCUCCCCCCCUCUUUACCAUUAAGAUAAAUUAAUAGAUUACUUUUCUCAGCAAGUUUAGAAAUUAAUGGUUUAAUAUGUAAAAUAAUAUUUAGUUUGAACAAUUUCUGAUGUACAUGCAUACCAAUUAUUUAAUCCAUUUUUUUUAAAUUCAGUAAUGGAUCAACAUGAUAUAUGCUGCAAUAAAAAGAGCAGCUUAAGCAAUAGCAGCUAAGAUAACAGCUGGCAAUAUUAUCCAAGUUAUAUUUCUGAGCAGCCUUGACCAGAGAAUUAUCCAAAUCUUCGGUACAGCAUCAUCAUUGGGAAUGAUGUAGAUUCUAGAAGGUGGUUUUGUCCCUCAACCUCUGGUAGGCAUUAUAUUGUGGUAGUCAUGCAUUUUGUUUAUCCUAUAAUUUUCCAAAUAUAUAUUUGAAAAUUAAAUAUAUAUUUUUUUCAAUACUGGUAUGCUUCCAGUUUUGUUGUUUGAGAUUGGUGUAGUGGGUUUAAAAUUAGAGUGGUGAAAAUUAAGUAGUUAAGAUACCUGAAAGUUGACAAGAGAGAAAAUGGAGGUGUGCUACAUUUAAAAUGAAACAAAAAAAUGACUUGCAUGAACAUGGAAGUGUUAAUAGUUCAUAUUUAAAAAAAAAAUUAAAGUUGUUCUACUCAGAAGUGUAUGCAGAAUUUUGUUACGAGGGAGGAAGGGGGAUGGGGAGGAGGAAAGUGGUAUAGAAGCACUUAGCCUGCUGUUGGCUUUAAUUUUUUUUUGGGGGGGGGGGGGGGGGGAAUAUAAAUUUUUCUUUUAGGUUUUUGGGGGAGGCAUAUAUUCCUCUUCCCCCUGCAUAUACCCCUGGUAGGUUCAUUAUUAAAACAAGACCUCUUAUAUACCUUGUGUUUUCAUAAGAUAGCCAAGAAACCUUAGUUUUUUAUGCAUAUUUGUUAUAAUGGCCAUCAGUCACAAUCAAUUACAUAUUAAUUUACUGUAUUAGUCUUUUAUUUAAGUUAAAUUUUACUUAAUAUAGUUAAAUAAGCUGUUCUAAGGCUUCAUCACAUAUUUUAAGAAACAUUUGAUUUGAUCUCUAAAUACUAGGUCAAAAAUUGCUUCUGGUUAAACUUUUAUAAAAAUUGCUUAUUUUAAUAUUUACACACAUCUAAGCACAGAUUUAAUGGUUAUUGGUUAUUCUGGUGAUAAAUAUAAAGAUAAGAACAGUGAGUGAUGAUAACAAUUCAUAAGAUGCAGAGUGUUGACUGGGGAGGUGCAAGGAAUGGAGCUGUACCAAACUUUAUCGCAAGAUGAAUCAUACUAAGUCAAUAUUUGUUCCUGAAUUAUCUAGCUAAAUGCAAUGUGUGUCAUUUAAUUUGUUUGUACUUGUCUCAGUCUCAAUAAACAUACCUACAUUGAUUCUAAACUUACAAUAAUAAAAAUUAGUUCAAAAUAUUUUUUUUAUAUUCAUCCACAUGAAACAAUGUCUAUACUGUAUACAAAUGGGCUCACUGGCAACAACAAGCAGUUGUACCUGCUGGAACUUGCAUUGAUAGUCAGCUAGUCUAAUGAAAUUCUUCCAUGUUAAAUCUUGUUUACACAAAAAAAAAGUAAAGAAUGGUUAUAUACAAGCAUUGUGAAAUCUUUGACUGGAAAAACCUUGAUAAUACUUUUAGUCAGCAUACUUUAUAGAAUGUGUACUUUGUUAUUAGCACCUCCUUUAUUAUAACUCUGCCUCUAUGAUACCUAGUGUAACCUAUACAAUUCAUACUGGUAAUGAUCAAUAGUACAAUUUAAAAAUAAUAAAAAAAAAAGAUCAGUUGAGCAGCAUUCAAGAAAGAUAGCUGGCAGCUGAUAAAUAACAUUAAAGAAAGAAUGCUGGCAGCUGAUGAGAAGCAUUGGGAAUAUGUGCUUCUGAAAUGGCAACCAGCAAUUUGAUUAAAAAUGCAUCAAAGAACUUAAAGAAAAGUUAAAAGGCAUGCUGGAGGCAUGUGCUAAAAUUGCCAAUUAUGAGAAAAUAUUGUGUUAAGAAAUCAUUUUUUGUAUACAAGAUUCCUUACAGACAUGUGCAUUGAUUUUUUUUAUUGGACAGGCUAUUAAUAGUUAAUAUUAAUAAUUGUUUAAUUAUAACCAUCCAUGGAAAAAAAUUGAGAUAUUAAAUAAUACACUCUUUGUUAAUAUUUUUCGUUUAAAACCAAAACAAAGUCUGAAAUUGCAAAAUUUUAAAUUAAUAAACUUGUAAACAUGAAGCAGCACACAAGCAAUUUACCAUGCAUGAGAUUUACUUGAAAUAACAACCUAUCAUUAAAUGAUUAAUAGUAUCUAUUUUUUUACACACACAAAAAAAACAAUGGUUCAAAAAAGCCACUGCCAACUCUCUCAGGACAAUGAGAUCAUCUGCUGAAACCAGAAAACAAAAAGUUAACAUGUGUUUAAUAUAAUAUCCAAGUUAUACUCAAAAGUAACAUGGAAAUGAGUGAACACUUAUUUUCACAAUUUCUUUAAUAAAUGCAACAAACUUGAUAACAAAGUAUUUAUUAAAUUGCAUAGCUCGUUUCUUCAUGUUUCUUCAUUUUCUAAGGUUUUCCAACUGCUAUGAGGGUGCAAUCUGGCAAUUCGAAGGGAUUUUGAUUGUUUCUUAACAAUCUUCUCUGCCUUCUCCUCCAGUUCGAUAGCUAGCAGAAAGGCAGCAAAGGCCAUUGUGUAGAACCUGAAAUAUUUUCAAACAUUAACUAAAUUAGUGUAAUAUAGUUUGGUAGGCUACUAAUUGUUAACAAGAGGGCCUGAUUAAUAAAAAUAAUUUUUAAGAUGGUAUUAUUGAGCUAAUAUUCCUUGAUGUAACACAUAACUGCAUUCAUUUUUCUUUAAUUUCUAAAAACAAUUUUAACUUUUCGACUUCUUUUCCAACAAUUCUCCAUGAGUGUGUUGUAAUUUUUCAAGCAGUUAAACUAGAAAUAUGCCAUGUUAAUAGCUUGUUAGGUUAGGUAAAUCAAAAAAUUUAGACAUGAGAAUGAUUGGUUGGCUUAAGUAAGCUACAUUAAAAAUACUGUGUGAUUUUGUGAACUGUUUUUUAAGUUAUGAUACCAACAAAAAUAAUAGGUAUAAACUGUAGUGUGGUUGGUUAGGUUAGAAUUAGCUGUGUUACAAUAUAUAAUUCUUAAAAACUGUUAAAAUGAGUUCACAGUAUAUUUAAUAUAACUACCAUAACCUAAUAAAUUGUCUACACUACUUUCAAGUAUUUGUAGUUAACCUAAUCAAACCAGCCAUUCCCACCAUUAAGUUUGUUAGAUGAAUUAAAAAUAACAAAAAAAUAGUGUGGGUCUGUGUGAAUGGUUAGUUAAGUUAGGUUAGUUACAUUAAUUGUACUACAAAAUAUGUGUGGAUGGUUGGUUAGGUGAGGUAAGCUUAAUUUUCUAUUAGUAAAACAAUGUUACAGUAUUGAUAGCCUAUGUUAAUUAUUGGAAUUAAUGUCUGAAAACUAAUAAAUAAUUUUAAAAAAACAUAUGGACAAGUAGCUUUUCACCAGAUUUACCUCAUUAUACAAUAUUUAAAAUGUAGCUAACCUAACCAACUGUAGACAUGAAUAGGUUUGCAGUAUUUGAAGUGUAGCUAACCACACAUAACCAACAAUUUAAACAGUAAACAACUUGAAAUAUCUCAACAGAAAUAAGUAUCAAGGUUAAUAAUAGGAACUCAAAAUUACCAUUUUCAUAAACUUAUUUUUAUAAUAAAGCCUCGCCUCCCCUACAUAAAAGCUCGAAAUGUUAUUUAAUAGAAUCAUCCUGUUUAAGGAGGGGAAUUCAUGAAUAAAUUAUUCAUCAAGUUAUUUGUUUUAUGAUCAGCCCCACUUGUUAACAAUUACCAAUGUUAACACACUUAGGUAAUAGAGCCAAUAUGUAAAUGAAUGAGCACAAAUGAAAAAUGUCUUGCACAAUUGAACACACAAGGAGGCCGGAAAUAGCUUUCUGAAACUAAAUAGAGAAAUAUACAAUUUACUGUCUGAAGUCUACAAGCACACAGAUUAAACAAAAAUGCAUGUUGAGCAAAUACCCAAACACAAAAUAUACAUAAACAGCCUAUUUGAACUAUUUAUAGCUAUGUUGAGUUCAUAACAUGCGUGUAAAUAAUAUCGCUCUUUAGGUUAGGAUUAAUUUGAUAAGCUAUGACACAGCAUUUAUUAAUAUUCUUCUUACCUACUUUGAUCGUAUUUAAACCACUUCAUAAUUAUUCCACACAAACUAUGCAUUGAAAACAAUGAUUUCAUGGUACAAUUAAUAAACAGAAAUAGCAUGUUAAGAAUAAUGUUCGCGUGUUAAAUAUACACACGCUAACCUAAAACAAUUGUUUACGUUUAACUUCAUCGCUUUACAUCGUACUCGACUAUAUUUAAAACAAUAAUGUGCGAUUAUAAUGACGUUUUUAGGACAGGAGGACAUUAUUUUUAAGAGUAAUUAUAUCACUUACCUCACAUUCGCUUCGUAUCACCACUUGAAAUGCUCGUGAUAUAUAACGUAGCUCCGGUGCGAUAAAUAUCACUUGAAAAGUGCGCUCGUAAUCAAAGUUUCGAUAUAUACCGCCACAAUGUCAUCAAUAUUCGAAGUUUAACGAAACAGGAUGUGUUCGUAAUCACGUUGCUGGUUCCUGCGAUAUUCUUCGCAAACCUUCGUUAUUUAUCGCAACUUAUAACGCAAAGUGUGUGCUCGUAAUCAGCCUGCAGGUUGUGAAUGUGUGUGUGUGUGAAAGAGAGGCCUUGUUGCUUGUGUGUAUGUGUGGGGGCUGGCCAGAAAGAAAACACACCCGGCAGUUAACGAUUACCACUCCUCCUUCCCGCCCACCCCUCAACUUUUUUUUUUCCGUGUAUAGCGCGCAUCCUUGAUUUUUUUUCUUUACUUGAGGGAAAAAAGGGUGCGCUAUACACGAGUAUAUACGGUAUUAAAGCUCAAAAAAUUUUAGUGGUUUACUGUUUGGCCUAAGAAAUAUAACACAUUCAUAAAACAUACUUUAAUACAAACUCCACGAAAUAUAGGAUUCUAUACUACUAAUUGUGAAGCUCGUACAACAUUACCAUUUUAUCAUUAACCGUGUAAGUUAUUAAGUAUUGAAUUUGAUAGCAAUGGUGGCUGAUUAUACAUAAUCUUGUACUGCAUUUAUGAUUUUUGUUUGGACGUAUUUGUGGUCAUUUAGCACAUCGUCGUUUUAUUUAUAUUUACCUAAACUGCAAAUGCAAAAAAAAAUUGAUUGCUUCUAUGCAAGUGCAAUACUCAAAUUUUUGUAGAUAUUGCUGCAGGAACAGCUGUUACAUAAAAUGGGCUUUGAAAAUCUUUUUCCGCAUAAAUAUUAUUUAUACCAAGCGUAUUUAGAAAGAAAUAAAGGUACAAAUAUGUGUCUAUUUUACCAUCUGCCUACCUGAAAAUAUUAAUAAGCGCGUGUAAAGAUAAAUGGGUGAGUAAAUUACGUUGUAACACCAUAGUUACCGUACAAACACAAUAGUUAACAUAAAAGAACUAUAGUUACUGUAGAAGCACCACAGCUACAACAGAUGUACAGUAGUAGAGCUGUAGCAAACCGUAUGUAUUCGGUAUUGAGUAACGGGUGCACUAUCCAGUAACGAGUAACGAAACGUUACACGCGGCUGCAUUUCGUUACUCGCAUUUUUCGUAUGUUUUACGCAUGCUCACGCAUUUUCAAUGAAUUUACGUUACAAAGAACAAUGUUCGUUUAUUAAGUAAAGUAUAAUUUGGAAAUUCGUCCAAGUUUUUUACUGUUUAUUAAAGGUAUUAUGUGUGUAGACAAAGUUUGAGAUUGGAACAGAAACAACGUAAGAAAGUAUUUUUUUACAAAUUAGAAAUAUGUAUGUUUUUGUUUUUUAUUAUCGCGUAUUUUCACUUGGUUUUUUAUCUAGUGCUAACUGCAUAACAGCAUAUGGCUCUUACCUACAGUAUUUAUAUUUACCAAAUAAUUUUACAACUUUAUAUUUCAAAGUAAAAUAGGCAUUUUCAUUACAAAAUAUUUGUAAGUAACUUUUUCAUAUUAAUUAAAACAAUAGAAUUAAUUCUUUCAAAUUUUAUUAUGAAACAAAAGACUGAAAUAUUUUUAUCCAGUUGUUCUGCUGUUAAAGACUAAAAUUUAGGAUGUUUAUUUGGAACAAAAAUUGUUUUUAUGAAAUAUUGUUAAUAUUCUAUUUAUUAUUAUUUACGCGACAAUUUAUUAUUAUUCAUGCGGCAUCAUACUGUAUGCGUAUGCAAUACGACUCGAUUCGUUGCUAUAACAUAGCAUGUUAUAUGGUAUCAGAAGUAACGAGUAACGUAAUUUUUUUUGCACAGACACUAUAACUUUAUUGCAGUUUUUAAUAUUCAAGUGUAUGUAUGUAUAUAUGUGUGUGUAUAUAUAUAAUAAAGCCGCUCUAAUGAGAUUUAAUUGUUCUUCGUUAACACUCGAUAGUGAGUAAAAAAUACCAUCAUGAGAUACUUUGUACCAUGUGUACUUUUGUGCCAUUAUUUUCUAAUGAGCUUAACGGGAGCAUAACAAAGAAAUUUCUACUACUUGACUCGAAAAUACUCAUGUUUUCACAUGGCUUGAAAUUAAAAUAUGAUAUUCGUGCACCUCUUACUAUUCUCUCGACACCCUUAAUUAGAAAUUUUUAAUUUCCAAAAUAAAAUGCAUUUUAAAAAAGAUUAUGGUGACUAGUUUUACCAUUCCAACCUCAAUGUGUGUUUUAAUCUGUUUCAAGAAAAGGGGCAACAUUCAUGUAAUAUAAUGAGCAGUUUGUAAAUCUUGAGUUCUUCUAAAGCUCUGCAACCGUGGGACCUGUUUGUGGGACCGGUAGUACUUCUUAACCUACCCUCAGAUGAUCCCUGAAAGAGUCAUUAGCCACUCCUGGCAUUUCUGUCACUGGCUGACUUUGGGUACCCACAGACGUGUGUUUGCAUUUUGUGUGUGCUAGCUUGCCAUACCUUUUGAUAUUUACAACUUUCCUAUCUAACUGAUUUUGUCGGAACUACUUCAGGGGAAAACUGUUUCUAAGUGAAAAUAAGAGCACCUCUGAACAUAGGUUUAGAACAUUUUCAUAAUAACUUGAUAAUAUGCAAGACUUAACUAAAAAUUACAGGUUUAGAAACCGAAGAUUUGUUGUUCUACAGUUAACUUUAAUGCGUGAAGUAAAACUAAAUUUUUAUCUUUACAUUUUCACAUUUUUUGAGUGCAUUUCUUUAUUAAUUUUGUUAUUCAGUAGAUUUGUAAUAAAUAUAUCAUUUCUGAAACAUAAUUUUCUCAAGGAAAUUUUUCUAGUUUCAAUAUUAAUUUGGUGUUAACCCUUGUAGCCAUAAUUAUUUGGCUUCAACCACAUUUAUAGUAGUAGAUGGGAAUUUAUACCAUUUUUUUGUCUUGUUAAAUACAGAGUUUUAUCGCAUAAUCGUCACACCGUUAUUUUAGGACGUCAAUUUCAAGGGAAAAAAUUAUUACAUAAAUGUUGCAUCAUAUUUUUGGUACUGUUGUUACAGUCUGAGAACUUUGUUUAGGUAGUAUAUGUGACAAUAAAGCACCGUGCAACAGCAUUGUUUUCAAAAUGGUCAGGAAUUUUGGUGCUUAUAAUGGGAAAAUGCAGUAAUUACAAUAUCCAUUUAAGAUGUACCUGCGCACUUAAGUAAACAUACUUUCCAUGAAUAGGUUUUGUGUUUAUGAAUAGCUUUACCUUGAAGAAAAAAUACAUUUUUUUCGCAUAAAAAUCACACCCCUACUUUUCAAACUUGAUUUUAGUAUAAAAUGUGCUACGAUUGGGCGAUACAACACUGUAAUGCCUCAUAAAGGUCUUCCUGCAGUUUUUUACCUUCGUGUAAUUACAACAACUAUUUGCUUAUUCAGCUUGUUUAUGUAAAAAUACUUUUGUUGAGUCUUUUUUACUAUUACAUAUUUAUGUUUCCUGUAAUAACUACACUGGUUAGUAGGAUUUGGUAUUCAUUUAGCUACCAAUUUAAUACUAACUACAAAAUUAUUUCUUACUGGAGAAAAAUGUUAGCAUUGAGUGAAUAUGGUGUGCAUUAAAUUGUAAAGUGUUGCCAUUGGAACGGAGAUCUUUUUAAACAGUCUGGGUUGUUGUUGUUUGUUUCAGAGGCACAUGCGCGAUGACAGUAGUUGCACUCAGGUUCA